ACACCGACAGACCUCCAAGACUCCUCUCCAUCAACAAUAUUAUCUACGGCCUCUUCAGAUCGAUCAUCCACACCAAUGAGCUCAGAUGAUGAUGUCCAAUUCAAUUCCACAAACUUUGAGCCAAUAGCUAUUGUUGGUAUGGGGAUGAGGCUUCCUGGGGGAAUUCGGAGGGACAAGGACUUUUGGGACUUUUUGAUGGAAAAAAGAGACGGCCUGUGCAAGGUUCCCGGGACGCGCUACAAUAUUGAUGCUUUUUACGAUGAAUUUAAACAACGCUCUGUAAAGACACGAUACGGUUACUUCUUGCAGGAAGACCCUGCCCUCUUUGAUACCGGCUUCUUCUCCAUUGGCUCAUAUGAGGCUGCAAGGUUAGAUCCGCAGCAACGAUUGUUGAUGGAAGUCAUCUGGGAAUGCAUGGAAAGUGCAGGACAAACGCAGUGGAAAGGAGAUGACAUUGGCUGCUACGUGGGCGUUUACGGCGAAGAUUGGUUGGACUUAAAUAGCAAAGAUCCACACUGGAUUGAUAGAUAUCAUGUUCUCGGCACAGGAAAUUUUGCAUUAUCCAACCGCAUAUCCUAUGAAUAUGAUCUCAGAGGGCCUAGCAUGACAUUCCAAACAGGCUGCUCGGCAUCACUUGUUGGUCUACAUGAAGCUUGUAUUGCAUUACAGGCUGGGGACUGCACAUCUGCCAUCGUGGCAGGGACAAAUCUCAUUUUGACCCCAACAAUGACAACAACAAUGUCGGAUAAUGGCAUUUUGGCACCAGAUGGUAUAUGUAAAACAUUUGAUGCUGCAGCUAACGGCUACGGGCGAGGAGAAGCAGUAAAUGCUCUCUAUAUUAAACCAUUGAAAGAAGCCCUGCGUGCUGGGGAUCCGGUGAGAGCAGUCAUUCGUGCCUCUAGCACUAACUGCGAUGGCAAGACCCCCAGCAUUACCACACCGGGCUCUGAAUCCCAGAAGCGACUUAUUCAAAAAGCGUAUCAAAGAGCCGGUAUUGAUGAUAUCACUGAAACCGCAUUUUUUGAGUGUCACGGUACAGGCACUGUCAUAGGAGACAAGAACGAAGUAUCCGUGGUAGCUGAUCUCUUCAAAAGCAAGGGCGUGUAUAUUGGAGCGGUGAAGCCAAACGUCGGUCACUCUGAAGGCGCUUCAGGUCUGACCAGUGUGAUAAAAGGAGUUUUGGCUUUGGAGAACAAUAUCAUUCCUCCGAACGCUCAUUUCAACGAACCAAGCCCUCAAAUUCCUUUCAAAUCCGCCCGCCUUCAGGUUCCAACAGAGGCUGUGCCUUGGCCCAGAGAUCGAAAGCCAAGAGUUAGCGUUAAUUGUUUCGGAAUAGGAGGCGCAAACGCUCAUGUGAUACUUGACUCUGCCUCAUCAUUUAUACCGAACUCGAAUGAUGAUAUUACAACCGCUCAACCACAAGACGAAUCGCAGCACUUACUUCUUCUGUCCGCAUCUAGUGCGGCUAGCUUGCAGAAAAAGGCCGAGGAGUUGAAAGCCUAUGUGGAAUCCAAAUCACCGAAGAUGGAAGACUUAGCAUAUACACUUGCCUUGCAUCGAGAACAUCUUUCUUAUCGUUCUUUCAUGAUUGGAGACAGCGCAGGAAUAAAACUGCCUGACCAGUUAAGUGUUAGCAAGUCCAAUUCUUCUCGCUCUAUAACAUAUGUUUUCACUGGGCAAGGUGCACAGUGGGCGGGCAUGGGCAGAGACCUGCUCAAAACGUACGAUGAUUUUGCACAUCAUAUCCAGAGGAUGGACCGCGUUCUACAGCUUUUGCAAUGUCCCCCUCAGUGGACAAUAGAGCAGGAGCUGUUAGCUGUGGAAGAAUCUAGGAUCAACGAUGCUGAGCUUUCUCAAACACUAUGCACUGCAGUUCAAAUUGCAAUAGUCAAUCUUCUUUCAAGCUGGGGAGUCCAGGCAAACUCCGUCGUUGGGCACUCUAGUGGCGAAAUUGCUGCCGCCUAUACUGCCAAUGCCUUGACACUCGAUUCGGCUAUUAUUGUGGCUUAUUACCGGGGACAAGUCGCGAAAAAUUGUCAGAUAGGAUCCAUGGCAGCUGUUGGCAUGAGCCCGACUGAGCUGGGACCAUUCCUGCUGGACGGCGUUGUAGUUGCUUGUGAAAAUAGCCCUCAAAGCACAACCAUAUCGGGCGACGUCACCCAGGUUGAAAAAGUGCUUAAUGAUAUAGCACAGAAACAACCUGACACCUUUCUAAGGAAGCUUCGUGUCGAAGUUGCCUAUCAUUCAUAUCACAUGCACGCUUUGGGAAGCGAAUAUGAAGAAGCAAUCAAGCCCCAUAUAACACUGACAGACAGAAAAUUGCCAUUCUUUUCUACUGUAACGGGAUCUCUGUUGUCCAACGAGCAGAAACUGGAUUCUGCUUACUGGCGUCGCAAUUUAGAGUCUCCUGUGUUAUUUUCAAGUGCAAUCAAUAGUAUCAUGAAAGAUGCACAGAAAAACCAGCUUUUCCUUGAGAUAGGACCCCACUCGGCCUUAGGGGGCCCAAUUCGUCAAAUUAUGAAAGGGACAAAAGCCUCUAAAGAAUGUGUCUAUGCUUCGACGCUGACAAGAGGCACAAAUCAAGUUCGCAGUAUGCUUGAAGCAGCGGGUCAACUCCAUUCUCUUGGGGUCCCCAUCGACUUUCAACGCUUUCUUGCAACGGGCAAAGAAAACCUUCUCGUGGAUCUUCCAUUAUAUCCAUGGGAUCAUGGGGAAAGGCAUUGGCACGAGACACGGGCGAUACAAAGCUGGCGGUUGAGGGAAUUCCCUCACCAUGAGCUCCUUGGUUCGAGAUUAUUUGGUUCAAGUGACAUCGAACCAGUCUGGAAAAACAUAUUGCGUCUUGAAGAUGUUCCCUGGCUAUCUGAUCAUGUUAUUUGUAACGACGUCGUGUUCCCAGGAGCAGGCUACAUCGCCAUGGCUGGAGAAGCUAUUCGGCAAGUGACAGGUUCCGAUACCUACGUGGUUAAGAACUUGUUUCUGAAAACUCCACUGUUCCUCCACGAAAUGCAAGCCACCGAAGUUCUUACCAGCAUGAAGCCUGGUAGAUUAACCAAUUACUCGGACGCUGAGUAUUACGAUUUCACUAUAACUGCCUAUGAUGGCAAAGCCUGGGUGAAGCAUUGCCAAGGACAGGCUUGGAACACAGACAAGAGCCCGGAACCAAAAAUAAUCGACCCCUUUAUCCGGAAAGUUUCAACAAAGUUCUGGUAUAAAUUCAUGGCUAACCUAGGCUUGAGUUACGGCCCUCGUUUCCAGGGCUUGGAAAACAUCACCGCAGACCCAGCUCAUGAAUUUGCCUAUGCUACGUCUUGUGAUGACGGCGAGCUUCAUGAAAGUUAUUACUCUAUUCACCCAACAGUUAUUGAUAAUAAUUUGCAAUUAAUGGGAGUGGCAGCUUCUCGUGGCCUCGCCCGUACUGUGGAUAAGUUAUGUGUGCCUAUUUUCAUGGAAAGUGUCCACGUUUGCAAGGCAGAAGGUACAUUUGCUAUUCAGGCGGCAGCAAAUCACACGUCAGGGGCUACCAUGUCAGGAAAUGUCGUCUCUGCUGUUGGUGACCGGACAGUAUUAUCUAUUAAUGGCGGUUCCUUCUUCUCCAUUGACGACCACCAGACUUCCGCAAGUGCAAAUAUACCCCUCACUACGACGGCUACAUGGAAACCGGAUAUCGAUCUUCUUUCACAAAAGUCACUGCUUCCGUUUACGCCUAUAAAACGGUCUAUGGAGUUGUACCCGGAGAUAAUAUCUCUAUGUAUCAUUGAUACUGCGCUAGAAGUGCGGGACCUUCAACCCGUGACAGAUCACCUGGCAAAAUAUCAGAGUUGGAUUUGCGACAUGUUCAGCCAGCUGGAUAGCGAGGCGCUCUGGCUUGCACCGCAGGCAGCGGAAUGGGUGAAGCUUUCUUCCCCGGCUCGGCGGUCUCUAUUUGAUCAGAACGUGUUGAAAAUUCAUCCCGAUGAUCACGAUAUACUAAACUUGGUUGGGCUCAUGCGCCAUGUCAUGGAAACUGCUGGUGACGUUAUUCGGGGGGGAAAACAACCCUUGGAAGUUUUAUUUCAAGACGACAAAUUGAAAAAUCUAUAUAAUUCCAGUCGAUCAAGGGAUCAGUGGGAACCUUUAUUUUCUUCACUGGUUCAUUCGAAUCCAAGAAUGCGUAUAUUGGAAAUCGGUGGCGGUACGGGAAGUACGACAGCUAUAGCUCUUGAACUCUUGCGUUCCUCUACAAGAGUUCCAAUGUUUCAAAGCUACACUUUCACCGACAUAUCUGUUGCAUUUCUUAGAUCAGCCGAGGAAAUGUUCAAAGAUCGCAGAGGCAUAUCUUACAAAGUUCUUGAUAUAACUCAAGAUCCUCGCCAACAGGGGUUUGAGUUAUCAAGUUUCGAUCUUAUAAUCGCGUCUAACGUCAUGCAUGCUACCCCAACACUACAAUCUGGGCUUGUGAAUGUGAGGAAACUUCUUGCCCCUGGUGGACGUUUCCUUCUGCAAGAGCUAAGCCCGAGUCUUCCUUUUAUAGACUAUAUCAUGGGAUUACUACCUGGAUGGUGGCUGGGGGCGGAGGAUGGACGACCGAACAAACCGUAUGUUGAACCGGAGCGUUGGCAUAACGAACUCCAAAUGGCUGGAUUUACUGGCAUCGAAGCUCAAUCAUAUGACGAUGAAAAGCCAAAUCAGACGAACGUUAGCAUGUUGGCACGAAAUCCACUUGAAGUUUUGUCUGAUAUGAGAGUCACGCUUGUGUCCCAUGCAGAGCCCACCCAGUGGGAAAGGGAAUUUGAAGAUCAGCUCCAGAAGAAAGGAUUUUCAGUCAUUUGGGGUUCGCUUCAUGAUCGCCAACCCACUACUCGGGGUAUCAUAUUUCUCCUAGAUCUUCAUGGGCCAUUCUUCAACGAUAUCUCUACGUCUAACUACGAGAGCUUUAAGUAUUACAUUUCAUCCUGCACAAAUUCUCACAUGAUGUGGAUAACCCCUGCGAAUCAAACAUCAUGUGAAAAUCCUCAUUAUGGACUUAUAUCUGGAUUCAUUCGAUCUCUCAGGAGAGAGAUGAUGCUCGAUAUUUCGACGGUUGAAGUUGAUCAUUUCAAUUCCAUUUCUACUGAUAACAUUAUCCGCACUUAUGAAAAAUUUCGCAGGCAAGCCGCUACUUCUGUACCCCCUGAUUAUGAGUACGUGAUAUCAGAUGGUACUGUUAAUAUAUGCAGAUAUGAAUGGAAAGAGAUUGAAGAUCAUGCCAGGUACAACUCUUCAGUGACUAUGCCGCGGACAAUUUCAAUGAAGCAGCUUGGCCUGAUCGAUACACUUGAAUGGACAUUGUCUGAUGAAGAAGCCCUGGGCCCGGAAGAACUUACUGUCGAUAUUGCAUACUGCGGCCUUAACUUUAAAGAUAUCAUGAUUAGCAUGGGUGUAAUGGGAUCAGUCGAAAAUAUCGGUAUCGAGGGUAGUGGCGUGGUGCGUUCGACUGGAAAUAAAGUGAAGGAGGUCAAAGUAGGAGAUCAUGUCAUUUUUUUUGGUGAUGGUAUGAUGAGAACACGCAAAACGAUCACGGAAGAUCGCUGUAUAAAGAUCCCCUCAAAUCUCUCGCUCGAAGAUGCGGCAACGAUGCCUGCAGUUUUUGCCACGGCCAUUUACUCCCUGCUCCACAUUGGACUUCUCAAAAAAGACCAGUCAGUUUUAAUUCACUCUGCUUGCGGAGGCGUUGGAUUGGCUGCGAUCCAAAUCUGUCAAGUAGUGGGUGCCAAAAUCUACGCAACUGUUGGAAACGAAGAGAAAAUAGCCUACCUACAGGAGAAUUUUGGUAUUCCUCAGGAUCAGAUCUUUAAUUCCCGAGACGACUCAUUCCUGGAAGGUAUAAUGAAAGCAACAAAUGGCAAGGGCGUGAAGUUGGUGUUGAACUCACUAUCCGGAAAGCUUUUACAUGCCUCAUGGAGAUGUGUAGCCAAAUUUGGCAAGAUGAUAGAGCUUGGAAAGAGAGAUUUUAUCGGACAUGGAAUGUUGAGUAUGGAUCCAUUUCAAGAAAACAGGUCUUUCUUUGGUGUGGAUCUAUCUUCGAUCACCGAAGAAGACCCCUCUGCCUUCAAAGAUCUUCUCUUAUCAUUUAUGGAUUGGUUUAAAGAGGGAAAGAUCAAACCAAUUCGUCCGAUAACUUUUUUCGAAAGCAGCCAGGUUAUCGAGGCGUUUCGAUACAUGCAAAAGGGGGUGCAUAUGGGUAAAAUUCUCAUAAAAAUGCCCGAGGAUGCAAGUAAUAUGACUGUAUCGCCGCCAAAACCGAAGAUUCGUUUGUCUCCAGAGGCAUCCUAUUUGCUUGUCGGUGGUCUAGGAGGCAUAGGACAGGCUAUUUCGAACUUUUUAGUGGAGAAAGGUGCCCGGCAUCUGACAUUUCUUUCAAGAUCAGCUGGGCAGUCCGAAGAACAUGCUCGCUUCAGCAAGGAACUGCAGGCUCAAGGAUGUCAAUCCACACUCGUUCAAGGAAGUGUAACAGACAUUCAGGAUGUACAAAAGGCGGUUCAGAGUUGUGGAAAACCCAUUGCUGGUGUCAUCCAAUUAUCAAUGGUUCUCAAAGAUCAAUCGUUUUCAAAUAUGACUCUUGAAGAGUGGAACACGGCAAUCGGUCCAAAGGUAGCAGGCACUUGGAACUUGCACACGGUGCUUGAGCACUCCUCACUUGACUUCUUCGUCGUUUUUGGUUCAAUAAGCGGUACGUGUGGCAACCCAGGCCAGGCUAAUUAUGCAGCGGCAAAUUCGUUCCUUGAUGCUUUUGUCCAAUAUCGCCGCAGCAAAGGGCUCCCAGCAUCUGUUUUGAGUCUUGGUUUUGUUGGGGAUGUUGGCGUCGUUAGCCAAGAUCAGAAGCUCCUCAACAGAGCAGACGCCAUGGCGACUCGAUUCGUACGUGAAAAGGAUAUAAUGGACGCGUUAGAACUCGUUAUAUCUGAUUCAUCAGUCGCUGAGAGAACAACGAACACUGAUGAGGAAUACCUAUCCCAGUCACAUUCACUAGUUAUCGGAUUAGCUCUUACCAAGCCACUCAGUGAUUUCACAUCUGUUCCUUUCUGGGGUAACGACCGGCGGUUUCUCUCCUACGAAAACUACGAGCUGCCGUCUUCUGAGACCAAAAUUGAGUCAGAUGAAACAGAUCUUAGGGAAUUCAUGGGCCAAAUUUCAAAGGACUCAGUCCUGUUGAAUCAGGACUCAACAGAAAUAAAAAUAUUACACGAACUGGGAAAAGUGAUCGUGCCUCACACAGCAUGCGGGCAACACGGGCAAAUGACAGAUGAAGAAAUAUCUGGUGUUGCUAUCGAUUCUUUGAUAUCAAUUGAAAUAAAAAAUUGGGCUCGGAGAAAGUUGGCAAUUGAUAUUGCAUUGACAGAGAUUUCAAAGGCAGCAACAAUAGGCGGCUUAGCCAAACUAACUGUGGAAAAGUUGAGGUUGAAAUAUGCUCCUCAGCAAGAAGGGGAAGGGAAACCCAGUGGGAGAUCUUUGUGA